AUGGCAGAGUUAACUUGCCAGAACCAAGAACUAACAAGGGAGAUUCAUCUUAGGAGGCAACGGUAUGAAGCAUAUAGGGAAGAACAAGACCAGAACCAGGGAGAUGAAAAAAGUGAUGUGCCUGAAAGUCAAUCAAGGGGCAUCACAUCAAGAAGGGUGCCACACUUAGAGAGAGAGAUUGACCAGAUGAGGAAGGUUAUAGAUGAGAUGAGGGAAAACAUGAGAAGAACGAAUCUUGUAGAGGAUCUAGUUCACCGUACAGAUUCCCCUUUCACAUCUUCCAUCAAUGGUCAUCCCUUGCCUCCAAAAUUUAAGAUGCCUUCUUUGGAUUCAUACGAUGGAGCGCGUGACCCGUUUGAUCACAUUGCCACUUUUAAGACUACAAUGCACCUUCAGGGGGUCCCCGACGAAAUUAUGUGUAGAGCCUUCCCUACCACCCUCAAAGGUUUGGCACGAGUAUGGUUCAGUAAAAUACCCUCGAAUUCAGGGGAGAAUGAAAGCCUGCGGUCCUUUAUCACUUGUUUCAACAGGGAAGCCUUGACGGUGGAUGAGGUGGAUGAUAAUUUAUUAUUGGUGGCCUUUCAUAACGAGGUUAAUUCUGAUUUAUUCAUCAACAAGCUUUAUGAGAAGGAGCCCCAAUCCAUUGCUGAACUCGUCCAUUCAGCCCAGAACUUUAUGAAUGCAGAAGACGCGAUCAUAGCCAAGAAGAGGAAGAGGGCUAAAAGAAUGGAUGCAAAUCCCACAUGCCACUCCGAGCAAGUCCCUCAACCAAAAAAGGGACAGACAGAAGAUAAAAAGGACCGAGAUGGUAAGAGGGCUGGGCCUUCAGUACAGAGUCAACAAUACACACCACUUGAACAGGUCCUUAUGCAAAUCAAGGGCGAUCCUUCCUUGAAAUGGCCAGAAAAAAUGAAGGGAGAUCCCAAUAAGCGCAAUAGGAACAAGUAUUGCCACUUCCAUAGAGACCAUGGGAACGACACGGAUGAAUGUUACGAUUUAAAACAGCAGAUUGAAAAUCUUAUAAGACAAGGAAAGUUGAGAAAUUUCCUUGGACGAGAGCAUAAGGAUGAGAAGUUGAAAGGGAAGGUAGAAGAGACGUCGCGUCCCCCGCUUGGAGAGAUUAAAGUUAUUAUAGGAGGAAGCUCAGUCGGUCAGUCGUCCAAGUCUAAGAAGACGUAUCUGAAAGUAGAGCAGAAUGUUCAACUCUCUGGACGAUCUCUAAGGACGACGACCACGGAUGAGCAAGCAAUCACAUUCACGGACGCGGACGCUGAAAGAGUUCACCACCCCCAUGAUGAUGCCAUUGUUAUUACUUUGCUAAUUGUCAAUUAUACAACAAGAAGGGCGAUGGUGGACAACGGAAGUUUAGCAGAUAUUUUGUAUUACCCUGCCUUUCAACAGAUGAGGCUCGGAUGA